UCGGUUAGCUCGGACUCCUCCACCACAGAACUUCUUCUCCCUCGCGUCUUCGUCCUCUCAUUCUCUCUUUCCGUGACUGUGGAAUUAGGGCGAGGGAGGGAGAAGGAGGGCGACAAUGUUGGGGCGGAUGCAGUUGGGGCAUCGGUCCGUCCUUCGCGGCUCCGAUCGACUUCCCAGACGGCUGAGGAGACUCCACCACCACCGGACUUUCAGUCGGGCUCUCAGAAGCGGCGUCUUCCGGUGCGUCCUCGACCCCAGGCUCGCCGCUACUUCCCUCAACUCCGUCAUUGCGACCGCCUCGGGGUCGACGACUCACUCGGGCGUCGCGUCCGCGCUCGCGCAGGUGGCCGUCACAGCGGUCGCGAUCGCCUCUGGGGCGUGCCUCUCGACCAAGGUGGAUUUCUUGUGGCCAAAGCAGGAGGAUCAACCGGAGUCACUUGUAUUGGAUGGAGUUGAUGUCACCGGGUACCCCAUAUUUGCUGCUGCGAAGGUUCAGAAGGCUAUUGCCUUUGCAAGAAGAGCUCAUAGCGGUCAAUUAAGGAAAACAGGAGAGCCUUAUCUAAGUCACUGUGUACAUACAGGAAAGAUCUUAGCAGCCUUAGUUCCUGCAGAAGGUGAAAGGGCAAUAAAUACGGUUGUAGCGGGAAUUCUUCAUGAUGUAAUAGAUGAUGCAGGAGAAAACCUGCAGAACGUGCAGGAUGAAUUUGGUGAGGAUGUUGCAAAGCUGGUAUCUAGUGUUUCAAGACUAAGCUACAUUAAUCAGCUUUUGCGGAGGCAUCGGAGGACAAAUGUGACACGUGAUUUCCUUAGUGCUAAAGAGGCAAACAAUUUACGAGUUAUGCUCUUAGGGAUGGUUGAUGAUCCUCGUGUGGUCCUCAUUAAACUUGCAGAUCGUUUACAUAACAUGAGAACAAUUUAUGCACUUCCUUUUUCCAAGGCUCGAGCUGUUGCUGAGGAGACAUUGGCCAUAUGGUGUUCUCUUGCCUCUAGAUUGGGUGUUUGGGCUGUAAAAGCAGAGCUGGAAGAUCUAUCAUUUGCUGUUCUCCAGCCACAUACUUUCCGGCAAAUGCGAGCUGAGCUGGCUGCCAUGUGGAGUCAAAGUGAUAGGCCAAGAAGUUCUAGAAGAAUGACUUCUGCAACUGGUGUCCUUGUUCCUUUGAAUGACAACAUUGUUCUUCAAAAUCAUACAGAAAGGCCUGUUGCAACUGAUGAUGAUGAAAUACCUAUGAAGGAUCUGUUACAAGCUGUGUUGCCAUUUGACUUGUUGCUUGAUCGAAGAAAAAGGAGUCAAUUUGCUACUACUGUCAACAGAACUUCUGGAGUUUCUGAAACGCCAAAAGUGGUUUCUGAUGCUGGGAUUGCUCUUGCAUCUCUUUUAAUUUGUGAAGAGGCUCUUGAGAAAGAGUUGUUUAUAUCAAUUCCAUAUAUUCCAGGCAUGGAAGUAACCCUAUCAAGUCGCUUGAAAAGCUUGUACAGCAUUUACUGCAAGAUGAAACGGAAGGGUGUGAGCAUCAGGCAAGUUUAUGAUGCACGUGCGCUGAGAGUGGUGGUUGGUGAUAAAAAUGGGUCCCUUCAUGGUGCUGCUGUAAAAUGCUGCUACAGUCUUCUCAACAUGGUGCAUAGACUGUGGACUCCAAUAGAUGGAGAAUUUGAUGAUUAUAUUGUGAACCCAAAACCAAGUGGUUAUCAGUCACUCCAUACCGCUGUACAGGGUCCAGAUUGUUCUCCAUUGGAAGUACAAAUAAGAACACAGCGCAUGCAUGAAUAUGCAGAAUUUGGACUUGCUGCUCAUUGGCUUUACAAAGAAGCAGAAAGCAAAGGGGCACCCUUCCUGUACAGUCCUGAUGCAAGUCCAUCUUCAUCUGAGAUUGCAACUCUAGAUCCUGAGACUGCCAUUCAAAAUGAGGGGUAUCAGAAGAUGAAUCCUGUCAAGGUUGGGCAUCCAGUCCUUAGGGUAGAUGGGAGCCAUUUACUUGCAGCUGUGAUUAUCAGUGUGGAGAACAAUGGGAAUGAACUGCUCGUGGCUGUUGGUUUUGGGCUGAGUGCUUCUGAAGUGCUGGUUGACAGAAGAUCCAAGUUACAGAGGAAGUGGUGGGAAGCUUAUGCCAAUCUCUACAAAAAGGCGUCUGAUGAGUGGUGGUUCGCCCCUGGACAUGGAGAUUGGUGCACUUGCUUAGAACGAUAUAAACUUUGUCGUGAUGGGAUAUAUCACAAGCUAGACCAAUUUCAGCGCUCAUUAUCAACUUUCAUCCAAGUCAUAGAUCUCACUGCUGAAGAAGAAGCAGAAUACUGGAGGGCAAUAUGUUCCAUUAAUGAAGGAAAGCCAGUGACCCUGGAGACUUCUGAUGCUUAUCGUAUUGAGAAGCCAAGUUUUACGAUUGCAGGUCCACUUGAAGCGGGAAUAAAUAGUAAGGUGCAUCUUCUGAGGACGAUGCUCAAGUGGGAGGAGCAGAUGCACCACGAGGGUGUGUUUGGACAGACAAAGCAGCGUGCAUAUUCAUAUGGUGGAUUGAGGUCAAACACGGUGAUGCUUGACGAAGUGGCGAUCAUAUGCUGGCCUAAUGGUGAGAUUAUGAGAAUGAGAUCAGGAAGCACUGCUGCCGAUGUUGCUGCAAGGGCAGGAGUUGAGGGGAAGAUGGUAUUUAUCAAUGGCCAACUUGUGCUACCUGACACUGAAUUGAGAGAUGGUGACAUAGUAGAAGUUAGAACAUAGUUUUUGGUCGAUUUUGUAUGAUCAGUGAAAAAAAUUCUGGAUGCCUAUCUCCUGAAUGCGAGCAUGUUUCAAGUCAUGAAGCAUCCGGCAAUGUACAGUGUUCAUAUUAACGCACGUUGCAGAACUACUUGUAAAUAGAUGUUUUGUUCAGGGUUCCUGUAGUAAUAAAUUCCCCUUUUCUCUUUUCUUAUUCUA